ACGACUUUUUAAAUUUUGCUUCCUUCUUCCCAUGAGACCAUCAACGCCAUCGAAUUGAUCUUUCUCAAACACGAAAGCCAUAUCAGUUUGAAUUCCUCAAGUGACUUCCACUCCAGAAACUAGUCACUGUCUUCAUUCAUAGUCAGCUUUGCUGGCAACCACCAAAUCUGGGACGGCAGUUCCGGCCCGGCGAUAGGAGACAUUGGUACCGGCGGCAGGGGGAGGCAAUACCGCCGUCCAGUUUUCAAUAUCUACAGAAAUGUGAUUAGAUUAGGGGAGAAAUAGGGAGAUUUGAUGGAAGGGAUUUGAAAUGACAUGUAGCUAGAGUGAAUUUGAAAUUCAUCGAUUUCAACACUUGAAAUUUCUCCUGUGGCUUUAAAGAUUUCAAAUUCUCAACCAACAAAUCUCUUCACCUGUUAGGAUAAAUUGUGAGAGAUUUGGAUUUGAAAAUUCAGCAAUGGCAGCAGGUGUUCCAUUACUGAAUCUAAACCCAAUUUGUGACAAAAUCUCAGCCACAAAUUGCUAUCAAAUCCCAUCUUGGGUUUCUCUAAAACCCAGCGUUGACCCACUCCAACAUCAAUAUAGCCCCGCCCAAAUUCAACCAGCUAAUGCAGGAAAGCUCGAAAACAUUCACUUGAUUUGGCUCUCAAAACAGGGUAAGCUCAAUGAAGCCCACCAGUUCCUCAAGGAAAUGGACUCUGCUGGUGUUUCAGUCGCACCCAAAACCUACCAACAUUUGCUUCGAACGUGUGCAAAGUUAAAAUCUUUGCGCGAUGGGAAACUGUUUCAUAACAGGACACAGAGGAAUUUCGAUAAUCCACCUGGGUUUCUUCAGAAUUCUGUUAUCGAAAUGUAUUUCGAGUGCGGGAGCAUUUGGGAUGCUCAGAAAUUGUUUGACGAAUUGCCGGAAAAAAGUCCAGGAAGCUGGGAGACCGUCAUAUCUGCUUAUGCUGGUAAGGGUUGGAUAGGAAAAGCACUAGAAAUGUUUUCGAGAAUGAUGGGCGCAGGAAUCAAUGCUGGACCUUCAAUUUACAUAAGCCUUUUCAGAGCUUUGUCAGAUUUAGAGCUUGGGAAGCAGAUACACUGUCUUGUGGUAAAGUCAGGCUUUGAUGAAAAUGUGUCCAUGAACACUGCUUUCUGCAAUAUGUAUGUAAAAUGUGGGUGUUUAGAGAGUGCCCAAUGGGCUUUUGAUAAGAUGGUUGAAAAGAAUGUGGUGACGUGGACUGGAUUGAUGGUGGGAUUUACUCAGGCUGAGAGGCAACGUGAUGCCCUGAGACUUUUUGAUAUGAUGCUUAGGGACGGCAUUGAGUUGGAUGAGUUUGUGUUCUCAAUCAUUCUUAAGGCGUGUGCUGGAUUGGCGGAUGUUGGUAUGGGGCAGCAAGUCCAUGGAUUGGUUGUGAAACUUGGAUUGGAAAGUGAGGUUUCAGUGGGUACCCCUCUUGUGGAUUUUUAUGUCAAGUGUGCAAAUUUGGGUUGUGCCGUUCAAACAUUCGAGAAGAUAUCUGAACCAAAUGAUGUUACAUGGAGUGCCAUGAUUGCUGGCUAUUCCCAAGGUGGUGAAUUUGGGAAGUGCUUUAGAGUUUUUAGGUCUUUGAGGAGUCAAGCUGGUGCUUUGAACGAAUACAUAUACACUAGCAUCUUCCAGGCAUGCGCUGCUCUUGCAGACUUGAAUCUUGGAACUCAAGCUCAUGGAGAUGCAAUAAAACGAGGUCUGAUUUCCUAUCUUCACGGUGAAAGCACAAUUAUUUCCAUGUAUGCAAAAUGUGGUCAACUGGAUUGUGCAUUUAGGGUAUUUGAUUCAAUCAGUGAUCCCGAUACUGUGGCCUGGACUUCUAUGAUUGCUGCUUGUGCUUAUCAUGCAAUUCUUACAGCGUGUAGCCAUUGUGGAUUGGUUGAAGACGCCAAGCGGUACAUGGAGUCAAUGAGCAGUGAGUAUGGCGUUGACCCGACCAUUGACCAUUAUGAUUGUAUCAUUGAUAUACUUGCUCGAGCAGGGCAACUGAGUGAGGCACUAGCCUUGAUAGAAGCGAUGCCAUUUGAACCUGAUGCUAUGAGUUGGAAAAGUUUAUUGGGUGGAUGCUCAAUCUACCUGAAUUUUGAGCUUGGAAAAGUUGCAGCUGAAAAACUGCUUCAGCUGGACCCCCACGACACUGCUGCAUACAUACUCAUGUUUAAUUUACAUGCUUCGCGUGGGAAAUGGGAUGAAGCUGCAUUUGUAAGACGGAUGAUGGCCGAGAGGGACCUGAAAAAGGAGGUCAGCUGCAGCUGGAUUACAAUCAGGGGCAAAGUGCAUCGUUUUAUUGUGGGUGAUAGGCACCAUCCUCAAACAGAAGAGAUAUACCAAAAGUUACGAGAAUUAAAAUUUUCUUGUGGUAGCUAUGAAGAUUCUGUCUUUACCACUGAAGAAGCUGCAUCCAACAAUUUGGUGGAACGAAAAGAACAGCUUCUUGAUCACAGCGAGAGACUUGCAAUCGCUUUUGGGCUAAUUUCAACUCCAAAUAAUGCUUCUAUUUUGGUGUUCAAAAAUAUCCGUGCUUGCAGAGACUGUCACGAUUUUGCUAAACAUGUAUCAUUAGUUACAGGGCGUGAAAUUAUUGUUAGAGAUGCCAGCAGAUUUCAUCACUUCAGGUGUGGGGAAUGUUCUUGUCGUGAUUAUUGGUGAACUUUAGGACACUGAAGUUUCACCCUUUAGCACCAGCAGGCUUGCACAUAAUUUCCUCCCCUGUAAAUUGUCAGUCCCUGCUUUUAGUCCAGACCCUGCACCCUACCCCACCUCUCUUCCCCACAAUAUACAGAUAUACAAAGUUACACAUCUUCUGGAAUUGUAAAACCGUCAGAUCAUUUGGUUAUUCAAUUUUAGAUUGGUUUAAUUGGAA